CUAGGAUUGCUGCUGCACCCCGACACUGGGGUUGGCGUUGGCUGACUGCACCCCCACUUGUGCGAGCAUGUGUACCAAGAGCUUUGGAAGCCUGCUCUUGUCUGGGUCCCCAAGUUAACUUUGUGAUGUGGGGCAAGUUAUCGAAUCUCUGGUUUAGCUGCUCGCGUGAGCGCAUCUGGGCGUUCCCACUACCCCGGAGGCGCAGAUGACCCGGGGUGCGGGGAGCGGCUGCUCCUCCUGGGCUGGGGUGAGGGCUCUCGGUUUCUGGAGCGCCUGGUACUGCGUUUGGCGACGUUGGAUGUUUAGUAUUAGUUGUAUUUUGCAUAUCAUCUCCCAAGGUCCACUGUUCAGCCGGGAAAGGAUCGUGGCAUUGGGGAAGGGAAGCUGUGCUGAUCGCUGUAUGCGGGUGCCAUCAGAGACCAGAAAAGUACAUUGGAUCCUCUGGAACUAGAGCUGGGGUGGUUGUGAGCCACCUGAGGGCAUCGUCUCUGAGUCAAGCGAUGGUGAGAGAUGUUUCGCAAAGGCAAGAAACGGCACAGCAGCAGCAGUUCCCAGAGCAGUGAAGUCAGCACAAAGAGCAAGUCUGUGGAUUCCAGCCUUGGGGGGCUUUCGAGAUCCAGCACCGUUGCCAGCCUUGAUACCGAUUCCACCAAAAGCUCAGGACAAAGCAACAAUUUAGAUACCUGUGCUGAGUUUCGAAUAAAGUAUGUUGGUGCCAUCGAGAAACUGGACCUGUCUCAGGGGAAGAGUCUCCAAGGACCACUAGACCUGAUAAAUUAUAUAGAUGUUGCCCAGCAAGAUGGAAAGUUGCCUUUUGUUCCCCUGGAGGAGGAGUUUAUUCUGGGCGUUUCCAAGUAUGGCAUAAAAGUCUCAACCACAGAUCAGCAUGGCGUUCUCCAUAGGCAUGCCCUGUAUCUAAUCAUCCGGAUGGUGUGCUAUGACGAUGGCCUGGGAGCGGGCAAGAGCUUGCUGGCACUCAAGACCACAGAUGCAAGCAAUGAAGAAUACAGCCUGUGGGUUUACCAGUGUAACAGCCUGGAGCAAGCGCAAGCCAUCUGCAAGGUCUUAUCCACAGCGUUUGACUCGGUGUUGACAUCAGACAAGUCCUGAACUCUGCAGUCAAGCGGAAACUGACCCAUCUGAGAACUUACCUGGUCCUACAUCUUUCUGCUUUCCAUUUGCAGCUGUGAACUAUUAAAGGGUGUAAGCUCCCCCACCCCAGUUUUCUAAAGAAAAGUAAUGUGUAAAAUAUCGGUUGUCAUUAAAAGGCGUUAACAGUG